AUGGGAGUUUUAAGCUCCCGGCACAAAACUGAGCCGAGAGGCGACGGAGUGCAGCUCGCAUUCGAUCCGGACGAGAAGUGGAGUAACUUAUACAGGGAACGAGAGAAGAAUCAUCUCUAUAAAUGGGUUGGAGUGAGGAAAGGUGGAGAUCUGAUAAAUAUCUACGAGCGAGAUGGAGAAGACGGGGUUCUGAAGUUCGCUGACGAAAAGAUGACAUCGAUGCUGUAUGAAGAUGGCAGAGAACCACAUCGCAUCAAAAUUCAGGAUUAUGUCAAGUGGAAGAAAGCAGUGAAUGUACAACUUGGUCUAAGCGAGAUGCAUGACAAUGAAUCUCUUGAAACCAAGUUCAAAGAGCAUGAUGCUCUAUGGAAGUUGAACAAGCGCGGUGUGGAGGGAGAAAAUAUCAUACACCUACUGCUAAAUAGGGAACAGCAAGUGUGCUACGAAAUUGCGCGAAUAUUGCUCAAACGAUACCCAGGAAUGGCAAAUGACAUCUAUAUGGGUGAUGAGAUGUUCGGACAGACAGCUCUGCAUCUAGCUAUAGUACAUGACGAUUAUGAGACGGUCCAGCUGCUACUGCAAAAUAAAGCGGAUGUGAAUGCUAGAGCAUGUGGGAACUUUUUUCUUCCCGAAGAAUACAAGACCACAAAUCGAGUUACCGAUUAUCAAGGAUACGCCUACUACGGAGAGUACCCUUUGGCAUUUGCUGCAUGCUUCGGCAACAAAGACAUCUACGACUUGCUCAUUCAGUAUGGAGCCAAUCCGAAUUUGCAGGAUUCUUUUGGCAAUACUAUACUCCAUAUGUGUGUCAUCAACUAUAGCAGUUCAAUGUACUCUUACGCUGUUCGACAUUGGGCCAAACCUGCCGACCCGCAUGUUAUAAACCAUGCUGGUCUCACUCCACUGACUCUUGCCACCAAACUUGGUCGAAAACACAUUUUCGAGGAAAUGCUUGAACUGAUGAAAGUGGAGUUCUGGCGGUUUUCUGACAUGACUUGCUCAGCUUAUCCAUUGAACACCUUAGAUACCAUACAACCGGAUGGAUCUACCAAUUAUGAUUCUGCCCUCAUGACAGUCAUAAACGGUAAUACUGCCGAACAUCUGGAUAUGAUUGGAAGUGAGGUGAUUCAGCGUUUGCUUGCGGAUAAGUGGAAAGCCUUCGCUAUGCGAAAACUGAUCGAACGUUUGGCGCUGCUCGUGCUGCAGUUGAUCACAUUAUCCAUCGUAGUCUAUGUGCGACCAACUGAGACAGAUCGUCUGUAUAUGACUGAUCCUCAAUGGGACGAUUGGAUCAGAACCGUCUGUGAAGUGCUCACUAUUAUGAACUGUGUAUUUUUUGUAUUCUUUCAACAACUUGGAGAGAUUCGAACUCAAGGUUUAGCCGGGUAUUUUAGGAAUCUGAAAACGGUUCCAGCUAAAGCAGUAUUUUUCGCAGCCAAUAUUUGUCUUUUGAUGUGUAUUCCUUUUCGAUUUUUGCAUUUGCAUGAAAUCGAAGAGGCUCUAUUCGUGUUUGCCUUACCGGGUUCUUGGAUAUUUUUGCUAUUUUUUGCAAGAAGUGCCAAACUGACAGGUCCAUUCGUACAGAUGAUCUAUAGUAUGAUAGCUGGUGACAUGAUGCGAUUCGCCAUUAUCUCAGCAAUUUUUCUGGUGUCUUUUUCGCAAGUGUUUUACUUCGUUGGCAAAGACAUGGAUGCAAAACAAAAUCUGGAUCACGGAAAUCCGCACUGGUGUCAAGUGGAUGGAUAUAAUAUAUACACUUAUGAUAACUUCCUGGAGACAUUCAUAACCCUUUUCCGAGCAAGUAUGGGCGGUUAUGAUUACGAAGAAUUCGCUUGUGCCAACUACGAGGUGCUGACCAAGACACUUUUUGUAUUGUAUAUGUUUGUCAUGCCAAUCAUGAUGAUCAACAUCCUUAUCGCCAUGAUGGGUAAUACCUAUACCACUGUCAUUGCUCAAGCUGAGAAAGCCUGGAGACAACAGUACGCUCAAAUCGUAAUGGUCCUGGAAAGAUCAGUGGGUAAAGAUAAAUUGGCGGCAAGUCAGCUAGAAUACAGUAUCAAACUGAAUGAUACGAAUGAUGCGGCUUUGGAAGUGCGAGGUUUGAUGGUUAUCAAGCAGACGAAAAAGACCAGAGCGAAGCAGCGGAAACAAGCUAUUCUUCAUUGGAAGACUAUUGGAAGAAAGGUCAUCCAUACGAUUGCAAAAGUUGGAAAUGAACAGGCUAUACAACUCUUACAUGGUCACGAUCGACUUGAUCCCAUUUUCGAAGAGAUGCCAACACACAAUCGAGCCCCAACACGCUUGUUAUCCCGAAGUCGGCCGAGAAGUACUUAUUCGCCUGCGCCGAACGAAGAGGUGAAGGUGGAAGAUCCAGUAGCUCAAAUGCACCUUUCUGCACCAAGUAUUACUAACCUUGAUUGGCAUCCUGUAGAGGCUAGCGCAGAUCCAGAUGAGGGCGUCCAUGAAGAGACCGUCAUAGUCGUCUCACACAGAUUUGCGAUGGCAUCAUUAACUCACACAGAUUCGCAGCGAAAUAUGCGGAUACGGGGAGUGGAGAUGGUCCCGUCCCAAGACAUUCCCAACAUGCCCAACAUGCCAAACAGUACUCCACCGCACAGGGCAGUCAGCCCUAAAGUCCGGCACGACAUGUUUCGCAAAAAAGACAGUUCUGGCAGCGGGGGCAGCUAA